AUGCAGUGGAAGUCACUCCUUUUGUGCGCUGCCAUCGCCGAAUCGGCCCUGGCUCGCACCCACGGCCACCAGCGCCGUCAACACGGUCACGGCCACGCCCAGGAGGCUCAUGUGGCCGCCCGUGACGUCGAAGUCGAAGUGCACACCGUCGUCAACAUCGAGCACGUCACCCUAACCACCACCGUCUACGGCCAGCCCACUGAGGCUGCCGAGGCCACCACCAGCACCACUGCCGAGGCAGCAGCCACCACCGAUGCCGGAGCCUUUGUGGAAAUCGACUUGGACGAGGAUCUCGCCAUCAGCGCCAGCCUGGGUCUCUCCCUCUCCCUGGGCCUGGGCCUGGGCGAUGACCACACCAGCACCACCACCCACACCAGCACUUCCACCAACACCAAGACCCACACCGCCGCCUCCCAGACAGCUGCUAGCACCACCGCUGCCGCCACCAGCACCGGCAGCUCAGCCAGCGAGGCCUGGACCGCGACUCCCACCAAUGGAGUCUACUCGACCGCCGGAUUCGGCGAGCGCACCAACAGCAGCAGCAGCGGCGUCACCUACAGCGGCAACGUGGGCAACCCCUGGGGCAGCAACAUCCAGGAGGUGAGCGCCAGCGACGCCUGGCAAUACAAGUACGUCAUCCGCAUGGAGGGCAGCAACACCAAGGACUGGUUCGUCAGCUUCUGGAACAAGAUCGGACCGGAUGGAAAGAUGGACGGAUGGUACGGACACUCCGCGUUGAACUUCACCCUCGCCGCGGGCGAGACCAAGUACGUUGCUUUCGACGAGAACAGCCAGGGUGGAUGGGGCGCCGCCGAGGGCGACAGUCUCCCUACUGAUGACUAUGGCGGUUACUCCUGCACAUGGGGUGAGUUCGACUUUGGCGAUACCGACAACAGCGGCUGGUCUGGUUGGGAUGUGUCUGCUAUUCAGGCUCAGAAUGCCGACCAGACGGUCCAGGGUAUGCGUAUUUGCCAGUACUCGGAUAAGCAGUGCUCGUAUAUCACGACUGAUGCCGAGACGGUGGUGAAUGCGUACACUGCCUCUGAGGCGUCGGUGGAUGGUAUUGGUGGAACUGUGUCGUCGGGUGCGGUGCGCUUGACGGUUGAGGUGGAUUAUAGCUAG